GGGCGGAAGCGGAAGUGAUCUGUUUGUGUUUGUUCAUCAGUAACAAAUCGAUGAGGGGAGGCAGAGACAUCGGUUUUUAUGAUUUUAAUCGUGAUUAAAAGUUAGCUUUUGUCCCCUUCACACACGGCGAUGGAGUCCGGCGGUAAGGACGGAGUUAAAGGAGCCGUGCUGCACAUCGUGGUGGUCGGCUUCCACCACAAGAGGGGCUGCCAGGUGGAGUUCUCAUACCCCCCCAUCAGUGAUGAAGGUCAUGACAGUAACUUGUUACCUGAUCAGUGGAAGUACCUGCCGUUCCUUGCACUGCCCGACGGAGCGCACAACUAUCAGGAUGACACAGUGUAUUUCCUCCUGCCCCCACUGAGAGAGGACAUGAAGUGUGUGUACGGCGUUUCCUGCUACAGACAGAUUGAAGCCAAGAUGCUGAAGGUGAGACAGGCUGACGUUACCAGGGAGACGGUGCAGAAGAGUGUGUGUGUGCUCAGCAAAGUGCCAGUUUUCGGGCUCAUUGCAGCAAAACUGCAGCUCAUCACACAUGCCUACUUUGAGGAGAAGGACUUCUCUCAGAUCUCCAUCCUGAAGGAGCUGUAUGAUCAAAUGAAUGCUUCUCUACGGUUCCCAACACUGGAGGGAUCGCAGCUGUAUCUGGGUUUAUCUGCACGAGAUUUAAUACUGCACUUCAAACACAAGGUUCUGGUGCUGUUUAAGUUAAUUCUGCUGGAGAAGAAGGUGCUGUUCUAUGUCUCUCCUGUUAACAGAUUAGUGGGGACCCUGAUGACCGUUCUCUCCUUGUUCCCUGGUAUGAUCGAGCGUGGCCUGCCUGACUCGUCCCACUAUCAUCCUAAAACCAGCCAGUCGGAGAGUGUUGACAUCAUCAAGAGCGUAGACCUCACAGAGAACACAGAAGUGUUCAUAACUGAGCCCACAGCCAACCAAUCAGAGGGUUCUUCUGGUGCUAAGGUGACUCCAAGCUCUCCUGAUUGGCUGGAUAGCGAGUGGGAGAAUCUGGACCCAAGUGUGCUAGAGGAGGAUGAGGAGGAGGAGGAGAAGGGGAAGCAGGAGGAGGGAGGAGGGGGAAGAAGGGCACAAACGGAGUGUUUAGUGUCCGAGUCGAACGUGCCCAUCACUGUUCAACCCAAGGCCACGCCUCCUCAAACUGACUCACACACACACAGUGCUACACACACACAUGCUACACACCCCCACACACCCCUGCUGGAGGAAGACCAGUGCGGCUUGCCGCCCGCCAUCUUUACCAAGGGUUACCUGUGUUUGCCCUACAUGGCUCUUCAGCAGCAUCACCUACUUUGUGAUGUAAGAGUUCGGGGGUUUGUUGCCGGAGCAACCAACAUCCUGUUCCGUCAGCAGAGACACCUGAGUGAUGCCAUCAUAGAUGUCGAGGAGGCUGCGAUCCACAUCGCUGACCCAGAGUUGCGGCGUGUCCUCAGCCUGACCACAGCUGACCUGCGUUUCUGCGACUUUUUGCUGAAGAGUGUGUGUGAUCAAAGCGAGGACGUGUUUCUAGACGGAACCGGCUGGGAGGGAGGAGACGAAUGGAUCCGGGCUCAGUUUGCACUCUACAUUCACACACUAUUAGCGUCCACACUACAGCAAGAUAAUGAGAAGCUGCUGGCAGACUACGGCUCUGCAUUCAUCUCCGCCUGGAGGAUCACGCACAACUACAGAGUGUGGUCAAGCACACACCAUCCGGCCAUCACUGAGAUUACACCAGGUCACCCGUUCCAGGGUCAGUACAGCGUGGCGGACGUGAAGCUGCGUUUCUCACACUCAGUACAAAACAGCGAAAGGGGGCGGAGACUGGGCAGCGCAGUGAUGAGCACCAGCAGGAGUGUAGUGCAGACUGGCAGAGCUGUAGGUCAGUCUGUAGGUGGAGCCCUGAACAGCGCCAAGUCGGUGAUGUCAUCGUGGUUUUCGACACUUUCUCAACCAGCGUUAAUAUCAAACCCACAGUCAACAACAACCAAGCAGUGACUGCGUCUUGCUCCACACACACACGCACUCCGUCAUCAUUUCACAUACUCACAGAUCUCACACACUACCAGUGUACUGUGUCUGGUGUGUCUUUACUUGUCUGACCAAUCAGCAUGUAGUGCUGCCUCACCCUGAUCUGAGUGUGUUUACCUGAAAUCAGCGGCCUUAACUGUCUGUCUGUCUGUCUGUCUGUCUGUCUGUCUGUCAUGGGGAGUUCAGGACUGAUUUAAUAUGUAAAAUACAUAAAGAUAUAUAAGUAUAUAAAAAAUAUAUAUAAUUGUAAUUCUACAGUCCAGUGUUGUCUGUCUCUCUGUCUGUCUGUCUCUCUGUCUGUCUGUAUAUCAUCAGUUAUACAUUGAUGCAUCAGUACCCUUUUUGUUUUAAUUCCUUCUCUUCCCGGACCAGGUAUGAGUACGAGUACAGGUUUACUCAUUGACUGAUACUAAAAUGAGCAACAUCCUUAGUAUUAAAGGGUCAGGGAUAUCAGUGUCUGUAUGGGUGCAUCCUUUAUCUAUUCAUUUCUUUCCUUCCACCUAUACCUCUGCUGGUCUUUCUGUCUGUUUGUCUGGUGUUAAAAUCUGUUGUCUGAUUUGUCCAAUCAGAAAUGCUGCAUAUAAAAAAAGAUAAUAUAUUAAAUUAUAUUAAUCAAAUAAAUUUGUACAUUAGGUGAUAGAUCUAGCAGAGUAGUUGUCAUAUGACCUGUAACAGGAAGUGAUCAUUAUUCUUGUGUGUCGAUGAACACAAACGUAAAUGCUGAAUGUUCAGUGCUUUUUUUUUCCAGUGCUUAGUAAGCUGUUAGCGUCACUCGCCUUGUAGCGUUAUGCCGCACACACUACAAACAUUACACACCUGAACUAGACUCCCAUCAUUACAACACUGCGUCUCAGAAUCACCUCAUGGCCCACGCACUUAACAUCAGACUAUUUACUUCUAGCAUGUAGCUUAGCAUGUGAGUGGGCUAAUAGUCAUGAGAUUUAAAAAAAAAUAUUUUCCUUGCACCACAAAGGCGGAGCUUAAGUCGAAUUUGAGCUUGUGACAUCACUACUAACCAGUUCCAGGAGCCCUUCAGACAUCUAGCUGACUAAAUAAACUGUUCUGCCGUCUGAUUGGCUGCUCCGACGUAAUCCGAGCUCCGCCCUAAUCGUGAUCCCGGGACCGCUCGGUUUCAUCCUUCAUCUCUCUCUUGAUUUUGAAGCUCUACAUCCGUGUGUUCUGUGACUGAAGCUGUGCAUUUUGUUUUUAAACACUGGUUUAUUUCCGUUUUUGUUGUUUUAGUGGUUUUGCUGUGUCUUCAUUUUUAUUUUCCAUUUCAGCACGGUUUACAUGUUUCUCUGAGGUACCUUUUUGGUUGUUAAUCUUAAUAAAUCGGAAAGGAAUAGUUUCUAUGACUCCAACACUCGUCUUUUAGUUUUUGUGAUUCCUUUUUUUUUUAAAUCUAUAUUU